CAUGUGGUAGUCUGGUUCCGACGAGAUCUGCGUAUUCGCGACAACCCCUCGCUUGUGCGCGCCGCUGAUAUAGUGAAGAAGAAUAAGGGGUGCACAGUCUCUUGUGCAGUAUGCUUAGACCCGCGGGAAGUCACGGCUAUCACACCACACGGCAAUCCUAAGACGGGUGUGCACAGGCUAAGAUUCAUGCUGGAGAGCAUCAGUGAUCUAAGGAAUAAUCUCAGAGGCCUUGGCAGUGAUUUGCAUGUGAGUGCGGGCAACCCUGAAGAUGUUAUUCCCUCUCUCAUCGCGAAGGCCGGUGUCGCAUCAGGAGCAUGCGAGGUUAUAUACCAGUCGGAGAUCACAUCAG